AUGGUGAAACAUGACGCGGCCAACGGCGCUAAUGUUGCGGUCAUGUCACACAGCAUGAGGCUUAUAGCUUUAUACCACUCAACAGUUACUACUACUAAAAGAGUGAUUGCCCGAACUUUAUACCAUACCACGGCUCGGAAUAAAUCCCCGUCCGUUGUAUCUGAGAAAGAUAAAAAGAAACUAAAAGAUAAAAAGAAAAAGGGAGAUUCAGGGUCCAGCAGUAGUGAAAGUAGUGGCAGUUCAUCGGAAAGCAGCUCUUCAAGAUCCUCGUCUCAUUCGUCGUCGAGCAGUUCUGGAAGUUCCUCUCGGUCAUCAUCUAGCUCCAGCUCUUCAAGCAGUAGCAGUAGUAAUAAUGAUCGCUCGAGGCCAAAGAAGAAAACUUCUCCAAACAAGAGUCCUGUUAAAGAUCGCCGUGAACCUGAUACAGAAAGAUUAAGAGAAAGGUCGCCAAUUGGAGACAAGAAAAAAUUUGCAACGCCAUCAACUAAUGACAAGGCUAAAAGCAAAGAGAAAAAUGAAAGAUCACCGGGGCGUAAAAAGCGUGAACGUUCACCACCUCCGCGUCCCACUCGAAUUCAUAUUGGCAGACUAACAUUGAAUGUUUCAAGAGAACACAUACAUGAGAUUUUCUCCACUUAUGGAAAUGUUAAAGCUGUGGAGUUUCCAAUGGACAGACUUCACCCCCAUAAUGGUCGUGGCUAUGCUUAUGUGGAAUUCAGCAAUGCAGAUGAUGCAGAAAAUGCCAUGAAACAUAUGGAUGGAGGACAAAUCGACGGUCAAGAGAUCACCGCAGCGCCGGUGCUGGUGCCGUCGCGUCCGCGCCGGCCCUCGCCGCGCCCGCCACCCCGACACGCGCCGCCUCGUCGACAUUCCCCACCGAGACAGUGCUCCUGUGUUUUUUCACACACUUGCACUAAAAUCUUCUGCAAAGAUGGCUAG